UGCUCUCCCCCUGCUUGUUCACACACGCACCGGGCUUCAUGCUGCACACACACCCACCCUGUGUCUCCUCUUGACUGUCUGUGUGGACUGAGCACAUCAAAGAAGAUAAAGAAUCUUGGACAGGAUAGGAAGAAGAAUCUUUGACGGUGUGUGUGUGUGUAUGUGUGUUUGUGUGUAUGUCUGUUGGUGUGCGUGUGUGUGGGUGUUCUGGAUCCAUGUGCUUGAGAUAAAGUACAGGUCAUUUUCCGUGGGCCUCUUUUUAGGGGACUUUUGAACUAUUUUGGGUUUUUUUUGUCUUGCCAUUCAGAGGCAGUGACUUCAAAACUUUUUCUCGCUCUAGGACCUUCUCCUUCUUCUCGUGCAGGUGACGACUCACUCGACAGGAUGUCAUGGCGUCCUCAGUACCGCAGCUCCAAAUUUCGCCACGUGUUCGGUAAGGCUGCCACCAAAGAGAGCUGCUACGAUGGUGUGCCAAUCACACGCAGUGUCCAGGACAACAACUUCUGUACUGUCAACCCUCGUUUCCUGGCGGUCAUCACUGAGUGUGCCGGGGGAGGAUCUUUCGUGGUCCUGACCAUCCAUCAUACAGGGAAGGUGGACCCUCACCACCCCAAAGUUUCAGGCCACAGAGGAAACGUGUUGGACAUCAAAUGGAAUCCCUUCAACGACUACUGCAUCGCCUCGUGCUCCGAGGACACCACGGUGAAAGUGUGGGAGAUCCCUCCUCAUGGAGUACUGAAGAACCUGACAGUACCGUGGAAGGAGCUUCAGGGUCACAGUCGCAGGGUGGGCCUCAUCGAGUGGCAUCCGACCGCUAACAACAUCCUGCUCAGCACAGCCUACGACUACCAGCUGAUGAUCUGGAACCUGGACUGUCCGGAGCAGGUGAUUAAGAACCCAGUGCGGACAAUCAGCCUUCACCCAGACGUCAUCCUCUCCAUGUCUUUCAGCACAGACGGCUGCCUGUUAGCCACCACCUGCAAGGACCGGAAGGUCCGACUCAUAGAGCUGCGUUCAGGAAACCUUCUGCAGGAAGGCAACUGUAAAACGCACAAAGCCAGCAAGGUGUUGAUGCUGGGGAACCUGAAGAUGCUGCUCACUACAGGCACGUCACGCUGGAAUCAUCGACAGAUCUCUCUGUGGGAUCAGGACGAUCUAUCUGUGCCUUUGUUACAAGAGAACCUGGAUGGUUCGUCAGGAGUCCUUUUUCCUUUCUACGACCCUGACACACACAUGCUCUACAUCGCUGGGAAGGGGGAUGGAAAUAUAAGGUACUAUGAGAUCAGCUCCGAAAAACCAUAUAUCCAGUUCCUGACAGAAUACCGCUCCAACCUACCUCAGAAAGGACUUGGUGUGAUGCCAAAGAGAGGUCUUGACGUGAGCUCCUGUGAAGUGUUCAGGUUCUACAAACUGGUGACAAUCAAGAGUUUAAUUGAGCCACUUUCCAUGAUUGUACCCCGCAGGUCGGAGUCGUACCAAGAAGACAUCUACCCAAUGACAGCUAGUAACAGGCCUGCUUUGACUGCAGAGGAGUGGCUCAGCGGCAUUGAUAAAGGCCCAGUGCUGAUGUCUCUGAAGCCAGGAAGUCAGGAGGCGGAGUCGUAUCCAGAAAUGAACAAAGGGAUAGGAAACUCGCUGGACUCUCGCAGGUCUCAGUGCAGACCAGGCAUGUUACAGCUUGCGUACAUUCAGGACCAACUGGGAAACAAAGACGGCAAGGAAGACGGAGGACAAACGGAGGAGGACACCAGUCGGACACCCGUCAGAAAUGGAGAAGACCUCGCUCUCUGCUCUCCACCCAGGACGGAGAAUGAGCUGCGUCUGAAGUUCCACAAGCAGCAGGAGGAAAUCAGGCGGUUGCGGGAGCUCUUAAACCAGAGGGACGUGCGCGUCAAACAGCUGGAGCUUGAGAUUAAGAACAUCAAAAACUCUCAAUCUCAGAGCUCACUUACAGACUUACCAUGACCUGCUGAUUCACCGGCAUCACAACAUGGAAAACACCUAUUACUGUAAAAAAAAAAAAAAAGAGAGAGAGAAAAAAAGAAACCCUACUUCAAAUCACCACUCACCUCUUAGGGUCCUGACUCACUUAUCCUCUAAUAAGCCCCAAAUACUCAUUGCACAGGGGAUGUCUUAACCCCGACUCUCUGUUUUUUUUUUUCAAUCUGUCGUUCUGUCCACAAGAUGCACAUUUUCUUUAUAAAUGUACAUACACUCACACACUGACUCUUGUUUUCAAACUUUGCACCUGUUGACCUUAUUUACUCAGUUUCUUUUUUUAUGCUUCACAGCUAUGCAAGUUUUAUUGUAAUUUUGAGCUUUUUCUAUUCUCUUUCUUGCUAAGAGGUAAAGAUGUUUGCAGUGUGUGUCCUCACUGGAUGCUGUGACUGUCUGAAUGUUGUUUGAGAGUUUUUGCAGGGCAGACAGACAUUCUGUGAGAUUGUAUGAUGAUGCUUAAUUUUAUUUUUUCCUCCCCCACAAUAUUUAAACUACUGUAAGCGAAGACCGUGGCUGCAGUGUUUUAAUGUGUACGUGAUUGAAUGAAAGCAAUUUUAAAUGAAUGAAAAAUAUGAUUCCCUGUUGUGUAUGUACUUUGAGCUGUGGUUUUGCUUUUAUUGUUAGUGAAUGACUGGAAUAUUGGGGAAAAGUCACUUUGCUUUACAGCAGCUAUAUUACUGUGCAUUCUGUCACCAAUGCAAUAUAGCACAUUUUGAUUAUAUUUUUUUAUUUAUUUUACAAUACAUCAAAGAAAAUACACUUUAAUCAUUUGAGAUUGUAAUUUUGAAAAAAGAACAAUAAUAUUGCUUUUUCCCAUAACGAGUCACUGUGAAGAAACAACUUAAAGCCAUUGUAGAGUCCUGCUUAGUGGGUUAGCUUGCAUUACGCUAGCUUUCAGUUCUGAAUGUGUUUCCCUGAAGAUGACUUUCUGUAAAAAUCUGAAACAUAACACAUGAGUUUCUGUUUUUGUGUUAAACUAAGAUUAUCUCAUUUUGUAUUAGAUGUCAGAUGUUAACACCAUGUUUAAGUAAUAGCUUGGGCUAGCAAUAACAGGUAGGCUGUGGUAAUAUGACAAGAUGAUACAAACUUGCUACAGUUUAAGAUUUUAUACCACGGUAGCUUCGUUUCAUAGUAGCCUAUCUCUGCUGUUGUGAAAAAAUACUAAAAUUACUCAACUCAUGGGAAUAUACAAAAACGAACUCGAUUUUUGUAACAAAUGUAUAUUCCCAAGCAUGAACUACAACUGUUUAAUCGUUCCUUAGUAUUCCCAUAGCUCCACAGUGAAUUCAUGAUAGCAAAUCAAGGUGUCUUUCUCACCUGAUGUGUAGUUUUUAAACCGUGUUUACGAGCAGAUGAUUUUUUCUAAAUCAAUUAAACCCUUAAAGAAGAGGUUGUUUUUGUCAACUGCCAUUUCCGAGGUCAGGACUGAAAAGGAUUUUUUGAAGCCAACCAGGCGGAGAGAUCCAAGCACAGAGAAGAGGAUAUCUGUUUUGUGUUUUUGACAAGAUGGACAGAGAUUUGUUGUGUGAUGUUUCAGAUUUGAAAGAAACUUUCUAUGUGAGAUUGGGGUUUUGAGAUCAUCAAUCCUGAAUGAGAACAUUUGACUUCACAGGGAAAUCAUUGACAUUUUUAGUGGCUGUGAUCUGUUAUUGCAACCAAAAAGACUUAAAUAACUGUAUAUUGUACUCAAAUAACACUGAAUAGUUGGUUAUAAUUUGCCAAUAUAAAUGUGUUUUUCCUCAGGAAACUUCAGGAUGGUGUUCAUAUUUUUGACUGCGAUUCAGUCAGACUAAUUUCUUCAUUUGUUGCUUCCACUAUUGGAUUAGUAUUACACGUUUCAUUUCUUUCACAAACUAAAAGACACAAAUUUCUUUGGCCUGAAUCCCCAUUUUGAGAUGAUCUAUUACAAGAUUGACAUGUAAAUAUGCACAGAUGUCCCAUGACUGCUUGCAGAUAUUAAGGCAAAACAAACAUAUAGCUUUUGAUUCUAUUAUCAGCCAGAAACCGUUCAAAUCAGCAUGCAUGCCUGUUCUCAUGUAGUCAGAGGCACAAGCAGCACAAUGAUAUUCUAGAUUUUGUUUACAUUUCACGUCCACCUUUAAAUGAUGUCACAAAUGGAAACUGCCACACUAACCCACACACAUACAGACACUCUGGCCUUUGUACAGCUAUGAACCUUUGACCUUUGGCAGGACAGUUCUAGCACAGCUUCAUCUCUGGUGGACUUUUGUCAAGGGCCAGCUGCGCUCUGCUCAUGUUAACUCCAACUAGCAGUUCUGUUGGUGGAUACGUCUCAACACAGUCCCACAUUGAACUACAGUUUAAGCAUUGUUCAAUGGACGAGCUCAGGGGGGCUUGUUUGGCUGUUUGUUUACUUCACAAAAUUUUAAGGUUACAAAGAUUUUACUCCCAUUAAACAUCCUUUCCCACUCAGAGUUCAAUCAUUCCCUUUUAAUAUAGGAUUUGAUUCAAAUUCAUACGUUCCCAUCACAUUUCUUUCGUACAUUUUCUUAGUCUAAAGAGUCAGCCUGAAAAGGCAAAUGAAAACAGGUUGUAUUAUGCAUCCAGUACAAGUUAGCAUACCUCUAGCUUAUUGGAAAAGAAAUUCAUUACUUUUUAGGAUUUUAGUUGACCAAAACAACUGCAAAAUAAAGUUGAACAGAUCCAUUGAGCUAAAACAAUACUAACCUAAUAGAGGCUAAAAUCAAAACACAGAUAGCAACACAACCUCUUAGAUAAACAAACGGCUAGUGUUAGCUUUAGGCUGCCCGUGAUUACUCAACAUCAAAGUAAAAGAGUCCUUGUUAGCAUUGCUAGCAAACUCCUGUUAGCUCGAGCAACUGGAGAGAAAAUUGGUGUCUGUUUUGUUUCUCUCUUUUCAAGUUGUGUUUCUUUCUGGGUAACAUGUGGAAGGAAAAGACUGUCAAAAUAUCUCCAAAUUAGCUAGCUUAUUAGCAGCUUCCAAUGCUGCGAUUUGACUUUCAUAUUGAAAACAAAGAACUUACAUUGCCAUCCAGGCUACAAAACCUUUCCACUUUACUUUAUUAUUAUUUAUUUACUUUUCAAUUUAUUAUUAUAAGGAAAAAAGGUGUUUUUUUUUUCUGGAAAAUGUUUUAUAGUGCUACUUUAAGAUUGGUUUAAUUAUGAGGUCUUCUCAGCCUCGACUUCUCAUGUCUUGGUUCCAAUAAGGAAAUGUAAGGCACAAUAUAUUAAACUUUUACUAUUGCAAUGGAGCAAAUAUCUGAAUGUAAUGCCCUCUGCAGCAUCUUCUUUGUGAUUUCAGAAAUGUAGUAUUGAAGCUAUAGAACCCAGGCAAGUGGUUGGAUGAACAUUUGAUUCAAUAUUUGUAUUUCACUACUUUAAAGCUACGUUAUGACAUUAAAACAUCAAAGGAAUGAAUUCACUACCAGCAAGAUCAACAAAUACAGAGAAACCCUCCAGUUUUUUGUGGUUUACUAUGCUGUCAAUCAGACGUUUACUUAUAUUAGAAAAUAUAUUAAUUAUAUGCACUUCAUGAACUUUUAACAAUGGGCCUACACAGUGUCAAGGGAAAGGAGGGUUGUUUUCUUAUUAAGCUUUAAAUUCUUUAUCAAUUUAUAGUACUUAACAGGGGGAUCAAAUGGUUCUUUUUUUUUCUGCUGCACCUUAUGUUAUAGAUGACAUGAUUUUGUUGUUCUGUUAUGGAAGUAGCCAACAAGAAGACCCCAGAACAAAACGCUUCUCAACAAGCCAUGUACACUCUCAAAGUCCCUCUAAUAUUAUACUGGAGCAAUAAUGUAGCUGCAGAGUCGACUGUAGCAUACGCUGUCUGAAUAAAAUAAACCAUUUCAUUUAAA